CCUGACUGAGAAGCUAGAGGUGGAAUCAGGCUGUGGACUCUUUUCCUAUACCCUCUGCUUACCGGAGUACCCCUGUGACUGGAGGGGCCUGGUGGGGUUUGUAUGGUUGGGGUGGAGGUGGGACCUCAGUGCAGUCUUUAGGGAGACCAAGGGCUGGGGACGGGAGGAGAAGGGUUGACGGACCUCCAGAUACAGGCCCUGGGGAGGUUUCUCUACAUCUGGACAGGCCUGGAAUUGAGGCCCACGUCCCAGCCUGGUGGGCGGUGCUGGCACUGAAGUGCCCUGCCUGGGCAGUGCCUUCUUCCAUGAACUUUCUGAAGCCCUUUUAAAUCCCCUGGAGCCUCCUUUUGCCACCUUUUGGGAACAGGAGGUGACUAGGAAGAGGGUUUGGGCAAAGCAGCGCGAAAAGCCAUCCUUGCGGCUGGGCCCUGGCCUCUUUCAGACUCUGGGUCUCAGGCUGGAGGAUCCAGGUUCAGGAGGGACCUGGGGUCUGAGAGACACUGGGCCUCGGUCUGCCAGGCUGAAUGGACAUGGCUCCAUCCUUGGGAGCCGGUGGUGCCUGGAGUAGCAGAUCUGUGAGAGAGAGCAAAGAAACCAGGACCCAGGGAAGGAGGGGGUCGGAGGCACAAGCUCAGGAGCCUAUCUCUGGGGAGGAAGGAGGUGGUCUGUGGUUCAUAGUGAUGGGUUCCUGGACAGGGAGGGUUGGGGCCCCAUAUAGGGAAGUUUUGUGGCUUUGAACAGUGCCCUGCCCUGUUCCCUGCCGUACCAGCCUGGCGUGGGGUGCCAGGAGUAAGUUCUCCAAGAUGGGCAGUGCCUGGAAUGGAGCCCAGGGUGGGAUGGUUGCAGUUGGUUGGACAAUUACAGAUCUCUGAAGCUAUCCACUUGUGGGGUCAGAGUGUUCUUGGGAGGGUCAUGCAUUCCCCUGGACAGUGUACGCGCCUUCCUCUGUGGGUACGAGCCACGUGCUAGGCUGUGCUUCCAGGGGGCUGGGAGCAUGGCCAGAAACAGGUCCUUUGGGAACAGAGGUCUGGCCGGUGGGGUGGGGGCGUGGUGAGGACAGGUCAGGGGACUGGCGAGGGGGAGGAGGCUGAAGCAAAAUGUCAUGGGGGGCAGUGAAGAAACCUGCUUACUCUGGGCUCUGUCUCACGCAGCUCUCGGGACUGACAGCCGAGGACACAGGGACUGAUAGGGCCAGGCGUCUGACUGGCUGGGGAGGUGUGGGUUUUUGCUCACAAUUUUCCUGUCUUUCCAUCUCUUGGACGCUGGCAGGGUUUUGGGUUCAAAGUGGUGUAGAGUGAGGAGAAGAGCUAGUGUUUAUUGAGUGUGUACUACAUGCCUGAUGGGGGCUGUUACCUUCUUUCCUCGCAACUCUUAUUGUUCCCAUUUUACAGGUGAAGAAAGUGGCAUAGAGAGGUGAAGUAACUUGUCCAAGGCUGCGAGGCUAGCAAACAAUCACAAUAAGGUUUGAAACGUGGUCUCGCUCCAAAGAUCUUGUUUCUAAUGAAGUGUUUUGAAGAGCCAGACUUUCUCUGGUGACUUUUGCCAAAUGUCAGCCUGACCAAAAGUCUUGGAUUUUUGAUCUGGCCCUCCAGAUGGUGCCGUUGGUGAUGUUAAGGGGUUGAAGGGCCUGCUGCUCCGUGGGAUAUGGAAGAAGGGAUGCCAAGAGAACUUAGUGGAGGGUGUACCAGAGAUGGGGGUUUCCCAUGUGCAGAGAGGUCCCCAGUCCGCCUUCUGCUUGGUGGGCCCCUGGGUGUCUGCUUGGAGCACUGCUUCCGUGGCUUGAGCGUCUGGUCCUGUGGCCACCCGGGGCAAGCUCUGGAUACUCUCCCCCUUGUCCCCUAGUGAGUACAAAUGUCAGUGCUGCUAGCUCUGCAGGUUUAAGUACGAGGAGCCCCUCAGGGUGCCCCGUGGGCAUGGAGGAGGGUGGCCCUGGUGGGGAUGCAGGCAUCCAUGGGUGGCAGUGCUCUCACCCGCACCUCCUCCUGAGCUGGGCUCAGCUGGGAGACACAUUGAGGGUGUUGUCAUGGAGUCUCCCCUUCCCCCAGGUCAAGACACUUCCCUCCUGGAGACGUGAGAUUACGGGGCUGACUUGAUUACUUGUGUUCUCUAGAACUUGGGCCAGCUGUAUAAAAUUACCGUGGACCUCAGUUCUUCUUCUUUUUUUUUUUUUUUUUUUUUUGCUGUCAAAUCUGUCCUGUGCCCCAGAUGGCCACAGGACGAGCCUCACAGGGUUCUGGUGAAGAUCAGAUGGACUUAGCAGGAUGUCAUGGUUUAGUGGCCUCCUGGUCCCCAAAGUGGAUGAACGGAAAACAGCCUGGGGCGAGCGCAAUGGGCAGAAGCGUCCACGCCGCGGGACUCGCUCCAGCGGCUUCUGCACACCCCGUUAUAUGAGCUGCUUUCAGGGUGCACAGCCACCCAGCCCGACCCCCGCAGCCGCGCCUCGGUGCCCCUGGCAGGAUGAGGCCUUCAUCCGGAGGGGUGGCCCAGGCAAGGGCCUGGAGCUGGGGCUGCGGGCCGUGGCCCUGGGCUUCGAGGACCCUGAGGCGACCGUGGCGGUCGGGGCCGCCGAGGGGGCCCCCGAUGCAGCCGCCAGGAGCAGGCGAGCGUGCUGGCGCCGGCUGGUGCAGGUGUUCCAGUCGAAGCAGUUCCGCUCGGCCAAGCUGGAGCGCUUGUACCAGAGGUACUUUUUCCAGAUGAACCAGAGCAGCCUGACCCUGCUGAUGGCGGUGCUCGUGCUGCUCACGGCCGUGCUGCUGGCCUUCCACGCCGCGCCUGCCCACCCUCAGCCUGCCUACGUGGCCCUGCUGGCCUGCGCCGCCGUCCUCUUCGUGGCGCUCAUGGUGGUGUGCAAUCGACACAGCUUCCGCCAGGACUCCAUGUGGCUGGUGAGCUACGUGGUGCUGGGCAUCCUGGCAGCCGUGCAGGUCGGCGGCGCCCUGACAGCCAGCCCCCGCAGCCCUUCCGUAGGCCUCUGGUGCCCCGUGUUCUUCGUCUACAUCACCUACACGCUUCUCCCCAUCCGCAUGCGGGCCGCUGUCUUCAGUGGCCUGGGCCUCUCCACCCUGCACUUGAUCUUGGCCUGGCAGCUCAACCGUGGUGACGCCUUCCUCUGGAAGCAGCUCGGUGCCAACAUGCUGCUGUUCCUCUGCACCAAUGUCAUUGGCAUCUGCACACACUACCCGGCUGAGGUGUCUCAGCGCCAGGCCUUUCAGGAGACCCGUGGUUACAUCCAGGCCCGGCUGCACCUGCAGCAUGAGAAUCGGCAGCAGGAGCGGCUGCUGCUGUCCGUGUUGCCCCAGCAUGUUGCCAUGGAGAUGAAAGAAGACAUCAACGCAAAGAAAGAAGACAUGAUGUUUCACAGGAUCUACAUCCAGAAGCAUGACAAUGUCAGCAUCCUGUUUGCGGACAUUGAAGGCUUCACCAGCCUGGCAUCCCAGUGCACGGCGCAGGAGCUGGUCAUGACCCUGAACGAGCUCUUUGCCCGGUUUGACAAGCUGGCUGCGGAAAAUCACUGCCUGAGGAUCAAGAUCUUAGGGGACUGUUACUAUUGUGUGUCAGGGCUGCCGGAGGCCCGGGCAGACCAUGCCCACUGCUGCGUGGAGAUGGGGGUGGACAUGAUCGAGGCCAUCUCGCUGGUGCGCGAGGUGACAGGUGUGAACGUGAACAUGCGCGUGGGCAUCCACAGCGGGCGCGUGCACUGCGGCGUCCUUGGCCUGCGGAAAUGGCAGUUCGACGUGUGGUCCAACGACGUGACUCUGGCCAAUCACAUGGAGGCCGGGGGCCGGGCUGGCCGCAUCCACAUCACUCGGGCCACGCUGCAGUACCUGAACGGGGACUACGAGGUGGAGCCGGGCCGUGGCGGGGAGCGCAACGCCUACCUCAAGGAGCAGCACAUUGAGACCUUCCUCAUCCUGGGAGCCAGCCAGAAGCGGAAAGAGGAGAAGGCCAUGCUGGCCAAGCUGCAGCGGGCGCGGGCCAACUCCGUGGAGGGGCUGAUGCCACGCUGGGUGCCCGACCGCACCUUCUCCCGGACCAAAGACUCCAAGGCUUUCCGGCAGAUGGGCAUUGAUGAUUCCAGCAAAGACAAUGCUCAGGCACCUGGUGAAGCCAUGUCCCCUGCCCUCAGCCGGGGUGCCCAGGACGCCCUGAACCCUGAGGAUGAGGUAGACGAGUUCCUGGGCCGUGCCAUCGAUGCCCGCAGCAUCGAUCAGCUGCGCAAGGACCACGUGCGCCGGUUCCUGCUCACCUUCCAGAGAGAGGAUCUUGAAAAGAAGUACUCGCGAAAGGUGGACCCCCGCUUCGGAGCCUACGUGGCCUGUGCCCUGUUGGUCUUCUGCUUCAUCUGCUUCAUCCAGCUCCUCGUCUUCCCACCCUCAGCCCUGAUGCUUGGGAUCUAUGCCAGUAUCUUCCUGCUGUUGCUGGUCACCGUGCUGACCUGCGCCGUGUACUCCUGUGGCUCUCUGUUCCCUCAGGCCCUGCGACGUCUGUCUCGCAGCAUCGUCCGCUCGCGGGCACAUAGCACCGCGGUUGGCAUCUUUUCCGUCCUGCUUGUGUUCGUCUCUGCCAUCGCCAACAUGUUCACCUGUAACCACACCCCCAUACGGACUUGCGCAGCCCGGAUGCUGAAUUUAACACCUGCUGACAUCACCGCCUGCCACCUGCAGCAGCUCAAUUACUCACUGGGCCUGGAUGCUCCCCUGUGUGAGGGCACCGCACCCACUUGCAGCUUCCCUGAGUACUUCGUCGGGAGCGUGUUGCUGAGUCUCUUGGCCAGCUCUGUCUUCCUGCACAUCAGCAGCAUCGGGAAGUUGGCCAUGAUCUUUGUCCUGGGGCUCAUCUAUUUGGUGCUGCUUCUGCUGGGUCCCCCGGCCACCAUCUUUGACAACUAUGACCUACUGCUUGGCGUCCAUGGCUUGGCUUCUUCCAACGAGACCUUCAGCGCGCUGGACUGCUCAGCCGCAGGGAGGGUGGCACUCAAAUAUAUGACCCCUGUGAUUCUGCUGGUGUUCGCACUGGCGCUCUAUCUGCAUGCCCAGCAGGUGGAAUCAACUGCCCGCCUGGACUUCCUCUGGAAACUGCAGGCAACAGGGGAGAAGGAGGAGAUGGAGGAGCUCCAGGCAUACAACCGGCGGCUGCUACAUAACAUUCUGCCCAAGGACGUGGCCGCCCACUUCCUUGCCCGGGAGCGCCGGAAUGAUGAGCUCUACUAUCAGUCCUGUGAGUGCGUGGCCGUCAUGUUCGCCUCCAUUGCCAACUUCUCUGAGUUCUACGUGGAGCUGGAGGCCAACAACGAGGGUGUCGAGUGCCUGCGGCUGCUCAACGAGAUCAUCGCCGACUUCGAUGAGAUCAUCAGCGAGGAGCGGUUCCGGCAGCUGGAGAAGAUCAAGACGAUUGGUAGCACCUACAUGGCUGCCUCUGGGCUGAAUGCCAGCACCUAUGAUCAGGUGGGCCGCUCCCACAUCACUGCCCUUGCCGACUACGCCAUGCGGCUCAUGGAGCAGAUGAAGCACAUCAAUGAGCACUCCUUCAACAAUUUCCAGAUGAAGAUCGGGCUGAACAUGGGCCCAGUUGUGGCAGGCGUCAUUGGGGCUCGGAAGCCGCAGUAUGACAUCUGGGGGAACACAGUGAACGUCUCUAGCCGCAUGGACAGCACGGGGGUCCCCGACCGAAUCCAGGUGACCACGGACCUGUACCAGGUUCUAGCGGCCAAGGGCUACCAGCUGGAGUGUCGAGGGGUGGUCAAGGUGAAGGGCAAGGGGGAGAUGACCACCUACUUCCUCAAUGGGGGCCCCAGCAGUUAGCAGGGCCCAGCUACAAAUUCGGCUGAAAGGACCAAGGUGGGCAUUUGAGUGGACUCUGUGCUCGCUGGGGGAGGCUGAGCCUGCAGACCCUGCUGACCGCAAGAGGGAACACCCCAGCAGGCUGUACUUGGACUGCGCUCGUCUGCCCUCAGGCUGGUGAAUGAGGGGAUACCAAGAGGAUUAUGCAAGUGGCUUUCUUUCUUAACUGGGGUAGGGCUGUUUUCUCUCCUUUUCCCCAGCUUUUGGGAGCAGGGGAGGGGGCAGCAGCAGAGGCAGGGGGACGUCUCCUGCCUCAGAGAUUGAAAUGGAAGCUUGCCACGCCCGCCCUUUCCCUGUCUGUCUGGGCACUUGGCUCAGGGCUGGGCCCUUCCUUUCCCUCUUUUUCCUGGGAACAUUUUUAUAAAGACUGGGGCAGG